CCGCGUGUGCUCGCUGCUAGUGUGCAGGUCAGUGAGGAGCUCUAAAAUACAUUAUUUCCUGCACUGUUUCUGCUCUUCUCCAACUGCACACGGUAAAAAUAUCCUCGGUUAUCAGACCGGUAAGAAUCGUGGAGUUUGAGCACAAGUGGGCUUGGUAAUGGAGUUUAGAGCUGGGAGAUGAAAGAAAUAAUAAUGAAUCAAGAAAAACUUGCCAAACUUCAGGCACAAGUCCGCAUUGGCGGCAAGGGCACCGCUCGCAGAAAGAAGAAGGUCGUGCACAGAACUGCAACAGCAGAUGACAAGAAACUUCAGUUCUCCCUAAAGAAACUAGGCGUCAACAACAUCUCUGGUAUCGAAGAGGUGAACAUGUUUACGAACCAGGGGACAGUGAUCCACUUCAACAACCCCAAAGUGCAGGCCUCCCUGGCAGCCAACACCUUCACAAUCACUGGCCACGCCGAAACCAAGCAGCUGACAGAGAUGCUGCCCAGCAUCCUCAACCAGCUGGGAGCAGACAGCCUGACAAGCCUCCGGAGACUGGCUGAGGCUCUACCCAAACAGGCUGGAGAUGGAAAAGCACCAAUUGCCCCCAUAGAGGAAGAGGAUGAUGAUGUUCCAGAUCUGGUGGAGAAUUUCGAUGAGGCUUCCAAGGAUGAGGCAAACUAAAGAAAAAAAACAGACCUUCAGGAAUCUCAACAGGACUUGACUGGGUUGGAUAGGGGCACUAGGUGUUUUUUUUUCCUUCUUGAUUUUGAUUUUUUUUUUCUUGCUACCUGACUCAAAUGCUUUUUUUGUGCACUGUGGUGUCCGUGUCCAGUUUGAGUCAGUGAGAGAUUUUACGGGUUGUCUGAGGUUCGUUGCUCUUCAUUCUCUUCAGCUGUUUCUUCCAUGUUACUGAACCUGAUUUCUUUGCAGUCUGGCUGAAACCAUAUCUGGAAUAAACAUUUUGCUAUUGUCAA